GCGAUGGCGCCGGGCCGGGACCGCGAGCUGCCGCCCGUGGAGCGGCUCCGUGCGGCUCUCCGGCGGCCUUGGCGGGGAGGGUCGGAGCCGCGGGACUCGGGGCAGCAGCUAGUGCGAGCCGAACCGCUGGACAGUUCUGAUGUUCUUAAAGCAAUUGAAAAUAUUAUCCAGGAGACAUUGGCAUAUCUUGCAAAUGGAGAGGCCCCAGUUAUUGUUUUUGAUAGAAGAUCAUCCUGGGAAAAUAUUAGGUUUGAUGGCAAUGUUGGUUUACAGAUGGUAUCUGAUUGCACUGUGAGCAAAGUGAGGUGUCAAUGUUCCAAAUCUGUCCGCAGGUUCGCUCUGAUACUGAGGACCUUGUCGAUGAUUUACAAGUUGGUGCAGAGCAAUACUUAUGCAACUAAAAGGGAUCUAUACUAUAAUGAUACACAGUUGUUUGGCUCACAAGUUAUUCUUGAUGGUAUUAUCAAUGAUGUAUGCUGCAUGCUGAAAGUCCCACGCAGAAGCCUUCAUGUUCUCUCCACCUCAAAAGGCUGCAUUGCAGGUGAUCUAUGCUACACUGAGGAAGAUGGCAGCAGAGUCAAUUGUGCUUGCAGUUCUAAGGCUGUGCUUGUGCCAUCCAAUGUCGAUGGGAUAAGAAAUUUGAAUUCUCCUGCUCAAUUUGUGCUCAUAGUGGAAAAAGAUGCCACCUUUCAGAGAUUAUUGGAUGAUGACUUUUGUACCAAAUCAUUCUCCUGUAUUAUUAUAACGGGUAAAGGUGUGCCAGAUCUGAGCACCAGGUUGAUGGUGAGGAAGCUGUGGGACACACUACAGAUUCCAAUUUUUGCCCUUGUGGAUGCUGACCCUCAUGGGAUUGAAAUCAUGUGCAUAUACAAGUACGGGUCAAUGUCUAUGUCCUUCGAUGCCCACAAUCUGACUGUUCCUAUUAUUAGUUGGUUGGGUCUACUUCCAUCUGAUAUUCAAAGAUUAAAUAUUCCUAAAGAAGUUUUGAUUCCUCUUACUGAAAAUGACAUGAACAAGUUGACCAAAUUACAGAAACGACCUUAUAUUGGCUGUCAGCCUGUAUGGAAGAAAGAAGUAUGAGAACAUCAUGAUUAAUGUCUUUUAUCCACUGAUACAUUGGUUAUUAUUCUGUAUUCUAAAAGGAAUUAAGAAUGUAGACUUUGUAUUAAGAACGUUAUUGCAAACAUUCUGUAGAAAAGAUUGUGAUCAAAUUGCAUUUUCUUGCAGUAAUUGUAUAUACAAAUUUGUGUAUUCUAAUGAAGUAUACUUGUAU